GACGGAACUCUUAUUUCAACAGCAGCAACAGUUAGUCAGACACCUCCAUAUCUUGCUAGACAACAGAGACGUACCAAUAAAGAUCUUUAGACGGGUUUGUAGAGCCAGUGUAUUUUAAACCCUUUACUGUCGUCUAGUUAGUUAUCCGAUUUAAUUUCAUAUUUACGGUGUUGUUAUUAGUCAGCUAGCUGGCUGGUUAAGUUAGCAUUAGCCUAGCUAACAUCCGCGACCAUGAGUUCACUGAGCUACUCUCCUCCAGCUGAAGAAGAGGCGGUCUACUGGACGGAGAAAGAAACUCUGGGGCUGAACAUUGUCGUCAAAGAGGAGAAGGAAGAGGAGGAUGUUACAAUACAAAAACAAGUAGAGGGUGGGGCAGUUACAGUGAAAGAAGAAGAGAAAGACGUUUCAGUGAAAGACGAGGAAGACCUGAUCAGAGUGAAAGAGGAGGAGGAUGUUACAGUAAAAGAAGAGGAGGAUGCAGUUUUUGGAGUGAAAGAGGAGGAGGGGGAGAUGACUGUCACAUCGAAAAAGGAGGAUGAAACUGGAUAUCUGGGCCCGGUUUCCCAAAGUCAUCUUAAGGCAUCCAAUGGUUCAAAUGAUGAACUUAGCCGUAAGAUGGUUUUGAGAAACCAUUCCCUGAUUAACACUCGAGAGAGACAUGACUAUUGUGGAUCCUCUGGGGAGCCUCAACAACACCAUGAAGCUGACGAGGCAGAGAAGAGUCUCUCCACAUCAGAACACCUCAAGAAACACCAGCUGAGACCCACAGGGAAGAAAUCUCACCACUGCUCUGACUUUAGAAAGAGUUACUCAAGAUCAUAUUCACUAAAAGUACACCAGAGAAUUCACACAGGAGAGAGAACAUAUCGCUGUAAUCAAUGUGGAAAGAGGUUUGCUCACUUAAAAACACUGGUAUUACACCUGAGAAUACACACUGGGGAGAAAUGUCACAGCUGCUCUGAUUGUGGGAAGAGAUGCACCUCUUUAGUAACCCUUAAAAUACAUCAAAGAAUCCAUACAGGAGAGAAACCUUUUUGCUGCUCUGACUGUGGGAAGAGUUUUUCUUGGUCAGGACAUUUAAAAUCACACCAGAGAAUACACACGGGAGAGAAACCUUAUAGCUGUGACCAAUGUGGGAAGAGUUUUACUCAGUCAAACAACCUGAUAUCACACCAGAGAACACACACAGGCGAGAAGCCUUACCACUGCUCUGACUGCGGUAAGAGUUUCUCAAGAAUAGAUACACUAAAAGUACACCAGAGAAUCCAUACAGGAGAGAAACGCUAUUGCUGCUCUGACUGUGGGAGGAGAUUUUUUUGGUCAGGACAUUUAAAAUCACACCAGCGAAGACACACUGGAGAGAAGCCUUAUAGCUGUGAUCAAUGUGGGAAGACUUUUACUCAGUCGAGCAACCUGAUAGCACACCGGAGAACACACACAAGAGAGAAAUAUCACAGCUGCUCUGAUUGUGGGAAGAGAUGUACCUCUUUAGUAACCCUCAAAAUACAUGAGAGAAUCCAUACAGGAGUGAAAUGUUAUAGCUGUGACCAAUGUGGGAAGAGUUUUACUCAGUCAAACAACCUGAUAUCACACCAGAGAACACAUACAGGGGAGAAGCCGUACCACUGUUCUGACUGCGGGAAGAGUUUCUCCAGAUCAGAUUCUCUAAAAAGACACCGGAGAACACACACAGGCGAGAAAUCUCAUAGCUGUGAACAAUGUGACAAGAGAUACUCUGAUAAAAGAUCUCUGAUUAAACAUCAGAAAAUUCAUACAUGAAGGAGUUGUUCCAUGAUAUCAAUGAAAUGAUGUCACAAUGUAAAUCAAAUCAAAUUACAGGAUUACAGUAGAUUGUUUUAACAGUGUAGUAGGAGUAUUCUAAUGAUGUCAUAAUGUAGAUAUGACAUACAUGAUAUCAAUGAAAUAAUAAUGAGUAUUUUAAUGAUGUUCUAUUGAUUUCAGUGGAACAUGGAUAUUAUAUAGCCUGAUAGCCUCAUCAGGGGAAAAAUCCAGGUUCUGAAUUGAAAGAUUACUAUUUAACAAAAAUAGUGUUGCGUUUACACUUACCUUAUUGGCGACCCACUUGAAUAAAGAUGCAACACAUCAAACUGUAGUUGUUUGCCACUAAUUUUUGUGUAACCGGUGAUGUACACAUUAUUCCCAGAUUCCUUGUGGUUUUUGAUCUGUUAGUUUUAACAGGACG